CAAUCACGACAAAAUAACAUUGAUCAGCAUGUUUUAAAUUGUAAAAAAAACGCAUCAGAAUAAUGAAGAGAAAAGAAAGGAAGGAAGGUUGUAGAGAACGAUAACGAUGCUAAAGAAAACUAAAGAAAAAGUUAAAUACUAUUUUUCGGCUAUUUUUCUUUUUUUCAAUGUGGCGGAUAUACUGCGGGGUGAUUCUCCAUCUUCCCCUCCCGGUUUGACAUUAAGCAUCUUCCCGGGGAGCCUUUCAGUUCACAAAUGACCACUAGGUGGCCUGCUCUGCUAUAAGGCAAACAAAAGCCUUGCCUGCAAGCCAGGGAGGCAACUGCAGUUCAGCCCCUGGAUCGCUUUUUUCUGGCCUUUGAUGUUGCAGGGGAGGGACACAGCGCUACGAGCGGCAACCUGACCUUCCAAGCCAAAAAGAGGCUCGAGCGACGCGAUUCCACCACACCGGUUAAGCAAGAGGGAAAACUUUUACUUCUGUACGAAUUCUUUUUCCUGGCCGCCGGGAGGCAUCCCGUUGUUCGGUGCCGGCUUUUGGGGAAAUUGUCCUCCAGCCUCCAAGAAAGACGAUCUUACCUGGCGCGUGUUAAUUUACUAUCGCCCUUUCCUCAUCACGUUAUACAUCCGGCGCCCACGGACUUUGCGCUCCUUGGAACCAGAAGCUCGCGAGUCUGGCAAGUAACUUCUAAAGCACCACUCUCGGUCAGCGUGGUUUAAACCCGGAUGGUUCUUCAGAGGAUUAAAGAGAAGUUCAAGAAGCUUCUGUAAGUCAAUGCCUUAGAAGCUCUUCCGUGGGCUUUCAGCUCCUGGACUCAGCUCGCUUCCUGACGUCCCUUUCGCUCCCCUUACUUUCAGAAACUCGCUUUAUUUUUCAAGUGACUGAUCAUUCCCUGAAACAGGAAAGAACAGGAGGAGCAUGGAUGUUUUGCCUUCACCGCUUCCCCUUCCAAAGCACAUCUUGGACAUAUGGGUCAUUGUCCUGAUCAUCCUGGUCACCAUAGUUGUUAUGACAUCCCUGUUAUUGUGCCCAGCGACAGCUGUGAUAAUUUAUAGAGUUCGGACACACCCUAUACAUAAUGGAGCCAUGUGAGACUUGCCGCCUCCUCACUUUGUUUGGCUUUGUUUUUGAGAAACACGGGCUAAAAAAGGACUACAGGGAAACAGUCAAUUUAUCAGUCUUUUCCUGACAUUCGGCCAAGAUCUGAGGAGACACUGGAGGUGUGCCAGCAAGGAAAUGACAGCAACACAGAGGCUAUGAUCAUGUGAUGAGAACAAUACAUGUCAGAAGAACUGCCCUGGAAGCCUGGUUGCAUGUACAGACUGUGACCCUAGAGCCUGCUGGAUCAGGCCAGUGGCCUAUCUAGUCCAGCAUCCCAUUCUUACAGUGGCCAACCAGAUUCCUAUGGGAAGCCCACAAGCAGGGCAUGAAUGCAAGAGUACUCUCCCCUCCCGCAGUUUCCAGCAACUGGUAUUCAGAAGAAGCAUGCUGCCCCCAACUAGUGGACUUUAUACAGGACUUUAUCCCCAGUUGUGGAAUCAACUCAGCUGGUUCAGGAUUCCAGAUUGUUCCUGUUUUGGAUUCUUGGUGUGUACUUUUAUUUUUAAAGAAAUGGUUCUUCAUGUUUCCUAAGCAAGCUGUUCCAAAGGAACUAAGAAAUUGGCAAAACCAGAUGGCGGAAAGGAACCACGCUGUGCUUAUUAACAUAUAGUUUGCAGAUAUGCAAACACAACCUGUUUUAUCUAUUCUAUAAAAACCAGCUGGGGGAAAGCUCUGAUUGUUCUCCGCUGGAAAGUUUGGUUGCUUUCUCUUUCGACCAAGAUCCCUCUAAUCCAAACAGCAGCCACUAAAACAGAAUCAGGAGGGAGAAAUCAGAUUUAAGCAGAUCAGUGUAUGGAUGUAUUUGUGGUAUACAACUAUGGAAUUAUAUAUUCAUCAUUAUAUAUUUAUUUUUAAGAAACCUAAUAAAAUACAAAAAGGGGAGUGAGAUUUAAUCAAAGUAUACUUCCAGAGAAUAGUUUAGAAUGUGGCAAUGAAGAAAAGAGCAAGCAAAAGAGGCAUUUUUCUGCUGCUGAUUUUGUGAAACCAUGUGCAUCUUGCAAUGCUAUGAGUAGGAUGGGAGGGCCCAUCUGAGUUAUAUUGAAUGAAUGCCAACUACAGACUAAAUGUGUUGUGUAAAGACUGGGGAUCAUUAUAGUUAUGGUGUGAUGUAAAUAGUGUUGUAGCUCCAUCUCCCUGUUUCAAAGCUUGAACCGCACACACACCUUAGUCAACUGUUUAUUAAAGAGUUCUCUUUCUAAUAAUGGGGUUACUAGAUGUUUCUUUUUACCUGGCAACACCAAACAUACACAUUGCCAUGCAUCAAUUUCUUCUAGCAGCCUGCAUAAUUCCUUAUUUCUCCCAUGGCUGCUACUGGCUUUUUUUGCUACUAGGGAAGCACAUGUCAGUCUUGAUAGUCAUCUGUUCCCUCACACAGUAGAAGUGUCAACUUCUAGUCGAAAAAGGUCUCCUGUACCUUUAAUAUCUACAUGCAAGGGAAAAGUUCAGCUGUUUUUGUUGCUCUGCCAUAGCCUAUGAUGAAGAUAGGCUCGGCAUCGGCCAAAUCUCUCGCUGUUUCUCAGCUACAGACAAAUGGUUCACAAGGUUUAAGAAACAGGAAAUGGAAAUGGUUUAUGUAUUGUACAUAAAAGGAAGUGGAUAUAUUUCCAUUAAAUGUAUCCGCAGAAAACUCAUGUUAAAGCUGUGAUAUUGUGCAAAU